ACCCACACACUGAAGGAGUCUGCGAGGAGAGGGAGUUGAGGCUGAGGUGGGAGGAGGGCGCCAUUGCAGCCGCAGCUGGCAGUGUGCGAUUAAGGAGAUACAAGCGUUAUCCAACUUUACAAUGUCGAGGUGCUUUUCAGGCGUUUUUCAGACUCAGCCCUCAGUUACGGGGUUAUAGUGUGAAAACGGAAAAGUGGGAUGGACGGUUUGCCUUUGAAGAGGAGAAAAUGUGGAGCCACAGCGCCGAACCAAAGCAGUCUCCAACCAUUCCUUCACUUGUCUGGUGGCCCAGCCUCUCACCAUGAACACCAGUAGGAACUGCACCACGGUGGGGAAUGGUGAGGGUCUGGCUGCCCUGGAGUCAGUCUCCAUUGUGACCAUCACACUCCUCGCCUGCCUGGGGAAUCUCUUGAUCGUGGCAACCCUCUAUCGCAGACCUUAUCUGCUCACACCCAGCAACAAGUUUGUGUUCAGCCUGACCCUGUCCAACCUGCUGCUGUCCAUGCUGGUGCUGCCGUUUGUGGCCGUGAGCUCGGUGAAGAGGGAGUGGGUGUUUGGAGUGGUGUGGUGUAACUUCACUGCCCUGCUCUACCUGCUCAUCAGCUCUGCUAGCAUGCUCACCCUCGGCGCUAUUGCCAUUGACAGGUACUACGCAGUGCUUUACCCGAUGAUCUACCCCAUGAAGAUCACAGGGAACCGGGCAGUCGUCGUCAUCGCCUAUGUGUGGCUACACUCUCUGGUGGGCUGUCUCCCUCCUCUGUUCGGCUGGUCCUCCUUUGAGUUUGACUGCUUCAAGUGGACCUGUGUUGCGUCUUGGCACAGAGAGCCAAGCUACACAGCCUUCUGGGUCACCUGGUGCAUCCUCCCCCCCUUAUUCAUCAUGCUGGCCUGUUACGGUGUAAUUUUCCGUGUAGCCCGAAUGAAAGCCAGGAAAGUUCACUGUGGGACAGUUGUUGUGGCCCAGGACGACUCCACUGGAGCUCAGAAGAACGGACGUAAAAACUCCAGCACCUCCACUUCCUCUAAUGGAAGCCGGCGGAGCCUGGUGUAUGCAGGGAGUCAGUGCAAGGCCUUUGUCACCAUCUUAGUGGUGAUUGGCACCUUCCUCAUGACCUGGGGUCCAUAUGUGGGGGUGGUGUGCACCGAGGCUCUGUGGGGACAAGGGAGUGUGUCUCAGGGGCUGGAGACUUUUGUAUCAUGGCUGUCCUUUUGCAGCGCGGUGUGCCACCCGCUCAUCUAUGGUCUGUGGAAUAAAACGGUGAGGAAGGAGCUGCUGGGGAUGUGUUUCGGAGAUCGCUACUACAGAGAGUCGUUCGCCACACGGCAAAGGACAUCCCGCCUCUUCAGCAUCUCCAACAGAAUCACAGACUUGGGUAUGUCCCCACACAUGACCGCCAUGCUGGCCGGUGGAGGGCAUCUGCUGGCCCCAGGGAGCAGCACAGGAGAUACUGGCUUCAGUUUCACUCAGGACUCAUGCACAGACGUGAUGCUGCUGGAUAACUGCUCCACAGACGGUUCCUCCCUCUUACAGCAACACGGUAAUCCGUCCGGGAAGAGGAGGAGCUCCGUCACCUUUGAAGACCAGGUGGAGCAAACCAAAGCUGAAAACAUCAACACGUCCGCGGUUCAAGUCCACGCAGAGGUACACAAAUCGCUCGACACCUUCGCCUCCUGUCUGGCGAAGGCUAUAGAGAGUGACGCUAAGCUCACCCUGUUUGGGGAGGGUCUGGCUCUGCCGGAGGGACUGUUUACGACCAGGGCAGCACCGAGACCCAGAUACCUGGACGGUCAGAGACUGAGGCUGGAAAGUAUUGAUGAGGGGAUCGGUAAAGAUGACCGAGAUGAUGAUGAUGAAGAGGAGCAGGACGUGGAGGAAAAACCGGCCUGAACACAGCAAGUCUGUUCAUUUGUUGGACAUGUUUAUAGAUCAUACUCGGUUUAUUAGUGAACAGCAAGGGUUUCACACCCUUAACACUCACAAUAGGUGACCAUCAGUGGUUUGUGGUGCAGUUUAUGAAGUCUGAUCUCUCUACACAUGGGUACUCCAUACUUGAAAUUAUUAGGAAACAGGAAGAUGCACAUUAUUAAUUCCACUAUGUUGGACCAAGUGCACCAUCAGUGACUUUGCAAGCUUUUGUAUGGAUGCAUGUAAUCAAAUAGGAAGCCUUAACUACUGUAACCGAAGUUGUAGUAAUUUGUUUAUUGCUAUAUAUUAUGGUAUGUCCUCAGAAUUUGCAAUAACAUGUCUCAUCGUGGCUGGAAAGUAUGAAUAAAUAGUAAUUUCUAUCUUCCAAAAGACUCCUAACACCGUUGUCAGAUCACUUAAAAAUGUCUCCUUUAUCACAUGGCUAAUGUGAGGCGUCCAUAUUUGUUUGUUUUUCAGAUACUUCUGUAAUAUUAAUGUCAAGUCGGAUAUAUAUCGGAGUUUCUCAGUAACGACUGGGAUGAUGAUGUGAACGCUAUUCACAAGUUGGACCCCUCUAAUUACAAUAACUUUGCUAUAACAUGAAUGCAACGUAAGCAAAAGUCUAAUCAGCCAGAAUCAGUGAAAACGCCUUUGCAGGGCCUUUUAAUGUAACAAAGAAGACAUUUUAAAAGGGAGCGGAUAACAGUGUUGCAAGUCCUUUGGUCCAUUUAUUUUUUUAAGAUUAUUUUUUGGGCAUUUUAGGCCUUUAUUUGAACACGACAGCUUAGACAUGAAAGGGGAGAGAGAGGGGAAGUCACAGCAAAGGCCGUAGGUCGGAGUCGAACCAGCGGCUGCUGCUGCGUCGAGGAGUAAACCUCUAUAUAUGGGCGCCCGCUCUACCAGGUGAGCUACCCAGGCACCCCUGUCAGUCUUUUGUUUGGACUUGGGCACGUGGACAAGACAAGUUUGUGUCUUCAACCAUAUUGUUAAAAAGAUUACGAUAACCAGAAGGCCUUUCCUUGACACUGUCUGUAAAUCACGAUGUGUUUACAUUUUGGACAACUCAUCGGUUAUAAUUCUGACUGAUUAUCACAUUGCACAGCAGCAUGGUAAUGAGAGGGCAGACUCUAGUUCUCAUAUGUACCCAACAUUCUCAGUAUCUUAUGAAAUCUUUCUGAAGAAAUUUGACUUCUGACCAUUUUUCACCAAAGACAUUCUGAAAUGUCACAGUAGAAAAAAAAGUGCAGGUAUAAAUAAAU